UCUCUUGUUCUCGUCCCCUCCUCCCCUGCUACAGCACACCUGCUUUCUCUUGGCUGCACGCAUUCUCACAGUGAUCGGCUCUUUGGCCUGCCGUGCUGCAGCUUCCCUCCAUCCUCCUGUGGAUUUUCGGCUGGUCGCAUUUCACUCCAGUUCUUGCAAACGGCACAGGUCAGUGACAGCAUGAGGUUGGCCUGUCUUACCCUGCUCCUGGUGUCCAUGUGCUGGUCUCUGCCCUUCCGUCAGUCUGGGUUUUUGGACUUCAUGAUGGAGGAUGAGGCACCUUCAGGUGAUGGGGCAAUUACACCUAUAGAGCCGGUUCCACCUAGAGAACCUGAGGGACCAGUUUGUCCCUUCAGAUGCCAGUGCCAUCUGCGUGUGGUGCAGUGCUCUGAUUUAGGGUUGAAAAAUGUUCCAGAGGAUAUCCCAUCAGACGCCCAUCUGCUGGACCUACAAAACAACAAGAUCACUGAGAUCAGAGAGAACGACUUCAAAGGCCUCAAAGGACUCCAUGCCCUCAUCCUGGUAAACAACAAGAUCACUAUCAUCCAUGCCAAGGCCUUCGCUCCUCUGGUCAACCUCCAGAGGCUUUACUUGUCCAAGAACAUGCUAAAGGACAUUCCCAACAACAUGCCCAAGAGCGUCCAGGAGCUGCGCAUCCACGAGAACCAGAUCACCAAAAUUAAGAAGGCCUCUUUCACUGGCAUGGUCAAUGUCAUUGUCAUGGAGCUUGGCUCCAACCCCUUGACCAGUUCUGGUGUGGACGCAGAUGCUUUCAAAGAUUUGAAAAGGGUUUCCUACAUCCGUAUCGCUGACACCAACAUUACCAGCAUUCCCAAAGGACUGCCCACUGCUCUGUCAGAGCUUCACCUGGAUGGGAACAAGAUUACCAAAGUCACUGCUGACAGCCUGAAAGGUCUCAAACACCUGGCUAAGCUUGGCCUGAGCAAUAAUGAGAUCAGUGUUGUGGAGAACGGGACUAUGGGCAUGAUGCCACACUUGAGGGAGCUCCACCUGGACCACAACGUUCUAACCAGUGUGCCUGCUGGUUUUCCUGAGCACAAGUACAUCCAGGUGAUCUACCUCCAUUCCAACAAGAUAGCCAGUGUAGGAACGGAAGACUUCUGCCCUCCCAGCUUCAACACUAAGAAGGCCAUGUAUUCCGGCAUCAGUCUAUUCAGCAACCCUGUGCCGUACUGGGAGGUCCAACCCAUCACCUUCCGUUGUGUUUUUGACCGCUCUGCUGUUCAGCUGGGCAACUACAGAAAGAAAUAGGACGUCCAGUCAUAGUGCCUUACCACUGUCCCUGUCCCGCAUCCCACCCCAUCCCUUUCCCAGUCCUUGUUCCCCUUUCCGAAACACCUCAAGUGUGUAACUAGGAAAAUUCGAAUGUCAUGACUCGGAUGACACAAAAUGUGUUCUGGGUAUACUGAAAAUGGCACACAACAGGCAAUACUGGGCACUAAUCACGCAUAAUCGAGUAAUAAACAGUAACAACAUCAAGUAUCUUGCACAUUACAUGUUACAAAAAAGAAAUAGCUAAACAUGUAUCAGGCUUUGUUCCUUUUUUGUUCUCCUAUUCAACCCUAUAGCACUACAAGAACCUUAAAUGAAAGAGCAGAAUGAAAUAAUUACAAAUGUAUUAUUGGUAAAAAAAAAAAAAUGACCACUUAUAAAGAUAAUCAAGUGCACAUAUAUAUAUAUAUAUAUAUAGAGAUAAAUAUAUAUAUAUGUAUAAUCCUUUGGUUCAAAACAAUGUGGUUCUAUUCAGAUUUUUUGUUGUGUUCAUAUAAAGAAAGAUCCACUCCUGCCCCUCUCUGGAUCUUAUUCUUUGGGACUUUUCUAAAUUGACAAGGCAGGCCUGCUGAGCGGGCAGCGGAAGGUUCAUUUAACUCCACAGUACCAGGAAAAAAAAAAAAGAGCUGAUACACCAGGUGCACUCCUAUUAUUACCUGUAUAGCAGUAGUGUUCAGUGUGUGCUGUUAGAACUACAGCCAUCAUGCUCAAAUUUUCCUUUUUUUUUUCUCUUUUUUUCUCUGUAGUAUUCAUUUUAAUAAGACGACACAAAGAAUUGUCACACUGCAGUACAUUAUUUUCUUCCUCUGUCUUCAAACGAGCGUUUUUGUUUGUUUGUUCGUUCGUCUGAUCGUUUCAAACCGAGCUGCCAUGCCGGUUUAGAAAAAAAGCAAGAAGUAAAAUAAACUAGAUUGUCUGUUUUUUUUUUUUAAAUGGAAGCCAUUUUCCAAAGAUCUACGCUUUUUUUUUUUUUUUUUACUAUUCUUCUACUUCUUCUUCUUCUUCAGCAAGGGUGGCGUGUCAUGUUUAAAUGUGUGCAUUUUUUCCUAAAAGAGGAGUGGAAUGAGCAGGUAGACGUGGCUGAACGUGUCCCCCCCUCUGUCCUGUGUUAGUGACUGUCACAUGUAUAGAAGCUGUAAAUAAAUGCUGUUUAAAACCGAA